GAAACAUGAAAGGGUCCACAGCUAGUGACAGGAUGAGGAACUGUGGGCGGCUUUGUAUGCUGACAUUAAUGCUGCCUUUGUUGUUGCUGUUGUGCCUGGGCAUUGAGUCGAGUGUGGGCGGCAAGACAACCACCAUCGUGCGUCACACGGACAGCAUAGAUCCACAAUUGGAUGGCUUCUGGACAAAUAGGACCACUUGGAAUGCUCGCUGGGUGAAGUACUGGCGGGCCAAGCGUAUCUAUGAGCCCGUUUGGAAGAAAGUGUGGACACCAACAAUACACACCGAGUGGGUACCGCUGCCCAAUGCACCCGAGCCUGAUGCCUGGAAGAAGCCGGCUAGCCAGCAACAGCAGCAUUCCGAUGAGGAUUGAAAGACUGAGCCAAAACUAGUAUUACAACUAUUACAACUAUUAUUAUAUGUAUUUAUUUAUUUA